CCCAAAGCUGGUUUAAGGUGACUCCUACAGUUUACUAGAAAAUGGAAGUUCUACGAUUUUUCAACAAUUGCUGUACAUCAAAAGACAAAGAAAGUUCGAUUAGAAAAAUAAUAACUACAAGUUGGAUUUUUUCAUAAAGACAGGAAUCGCAACUGCCUUUGCUGUGGCAACAAUGACGAUUCAAUAUGGCCGUUGAUCCUGACCAGUUUUUUCUUUGCUUUUAUCAGUGAUCCAGUCCACGGCUAUAGGCACUUCUGGCUGUUUCCCUGCAUAUUUACAAUGGCAUUCCUUGCAUGCUAUUUCGCAUGUUACCAUAGCAUGACAUGCCAUAUUGAAAUGGCCUUCCCUUCGUUUUCUCUCACUAUUUAUUCCUUUUUAUUCCUUAUUCAAAUUUUAUUUUAUUUUCGUGAAGAAUCUACACUAACAACAGGACGAAAGGAAGAAAUUUUUGAAAAUGAUAAAGUGUUCGUUGAAGGCAUUUCCACAAAAACUUCGAAAGAUUCUCUUAAGUAUUAUAUGGAACGAAUAAGUGGUUUACCCGUGAAAGACAUCACGUAUGGCACGAAAAGCAGUGACAGUGUUAAUGCAGUUGGAAAAUUUCACAGCACUGUAGGUGAGUCGAGAAACGAUCCAGAAAACAUAAGUGAGCAUGUAGAGUGCCCAGUUUAAGUAAAUUAGCUUAAUUUGGUAAUUUCAUGUGCCCCACUUUAUCAUUUUACGCUAUCACUUUGCACUAUCCUUAGGAUCUCUGCGUUGUUUAUUUUUUCUAGCAAGUAACACAGAAGUUCAAUGGACAGAAAGGUCGAUAAAGCAUGGCUCAAAAUUGUCGGAAUUUGUGGAACUUUUAAAAGCCAAUCCAUCAAAGGCAACACAAAUUGGAACAUACCGUGUUUGUUUUGAUGAUAAAUUUAGCAUUGGUGAAGGAAGUGAAGGAACGAAAGUUUAUGUUGGAUUAUCGGAUGAUGGCUUUGAAGUGGCCGUAAAAUGUAUGGAUCUGAAAAAAUGUCGGCAAAUGGGUGAUCAUGAGAAGAAAAUCUUAACUUGUCAAAAGGUUCGAAAAGAAGCUCACAUUGUUAACUAUCGCUUCUUUCAUCAACCAGAUGGAUCUAAAACAGCUUACUUGGUUUUGGAUCUGCAUGAAGAAAGCUUGCGGGAUUAUGUUCUUAACGAGGAACGCUCCACAGAACAGUUACGAAAUGAAGGUUCAAGUAUAAUAUGUCAAAUACUCUAUGGUGUAAAAACUCUUCAUUGUGGUAAUCCAGAAAUACUGCAUCGGGACUUGAAACCGUCAAAUAUACUUGUAACUGUGGAAGGUGAGAUGGUGCUUGCUGAUUUUGGAAUUAGUCGAACACUACCAAAAGAGCAAACAACAUACAGGAGCGGUGUCAGAGGAACUGAAGGCUGGAUGGCAGUGGAAUCACUUCCAAAUGAAGAUGACGACGAUGAUUAUCUAUCUUACGAAGAUAUCCAAGUUCGUUAUAAGAAACAAUCUGACAUUCAGGUUGUUGGAAUGCUAUGUUACUAUGUCUUGACCAAAGGAAAACAUCCAUACGGUACACGAGUUCAUCGAAAUAGUAAUAUAUCAAAAGGAAGUUUUGAUUUGAAGGAUCUAAGUGAUCCAUGUGCAAAAGAUCUUAUUGCAUGGAUGCUCCAGCAUGAUCUUCGCAAACGACCCAAUUUUCACAAAUGUUUGAAACAUCCAUACCUGCGAACGGAUGAAGAAAAUUUUAAUUUUGUCACACGUGUUGGCAACGAAAAAGAAAUUAAAACCAAGGAUACUACUUCAAUCGUUGUUCAAGAAUUAAAUAAGUUGCCUGGAUUGACCAACUGGUUAUCAGUGAUCGAAACUUGGGUAAUGAAUUUCAUGACUGCACGUCGUACAGCGUAUACCAACGAUGUCGCAGAUCUACUGAGAUUCAUGCGAAACAUGGCAACCCACUGGCGUGACAAGACACCACCUGCAAAUGUCCAGACGACCGUCGUUACACCACAAGAAUAUUUUGAAAGGAAAUUUCCAACACUUGCUGUUGAACUACAUCAAGUAAUCAGAGGACAAUCCGACUGGACAGCAAGAGAAGGACUGAAGGGAUAUUUCUAAAGUCGUGUUUUAAUAUCAUAAGUGUUUUCAGUGCAAGCCUAGGUGUGGCGUUGUCCCCAUUUUGCUUGCGUCGAGUGCCUGAUUAAAAUGAGGCAUGCAAUAAUCUGGCUUACUUGGGCAUGUAGUGUAACAUGGGUUUAACUAUUUAGCUGCAACACGCCGUUAACUGACCUUAUGCAGGUUUCCGUCCAAUCUCCAGGAAUCUCACUGGACGUUUUAUAUGUUGUUUAUAUCAUUAUUACGAGUAUUCACCAAAGUGCUAGGCCCAAACUCGCCUUUAUUUUAGCAUUUGAUUGUUGGACAAAUGCUUGGUGGUAUAAAAUAGCCAAUUAUGUAUAAAGGCGGUUUUCCAGUCCUCGCAUGAAGCUCCUCGCAGCUCGCUACGAGUGAUGCAUGAGCAAUUUCAUCCAAUCACAAUGCAAAACAGUUAAUUUUAAUUAGAUGCAAGCACUCGCAGCGAGGAGCUUCGUGCGAGGACUGGAAAUCCGCCUUAACACAGUUUCUCAAGGCGUUCGAAAGUAAUGCUGACGUCAGCACUUUUAUUUUUCAAGACCAGCAUGUAAUGAAUCCUAUUGAUUCAAACUUUUUUGUGAACACUCGUAACAAUGAUAUAAACAACAUAUAAAACUUCCAGUAACAUUAUACCUCAACUUCAAAUUGUCCAAUCAGGAAGCUUAGUUUGUGGCACGUGAGCAUGAAAUUAAUCGCGAUGUCACGCCGUACGUCACCAAAUGGCGAGCCUGCGUUCCUUUUGACAAUGUUCCACCCUGGGGAGUGAGAAACAUGGGGUGGAACAUUAUUCGCGCAGAGCAUGCGAGACAACACGCAUGCAACAAGAUGACCUACAAAAUAUAAAUAGUAUUAGAGUGAUGAAUAUUCAAAUUUUAAAGGUAAAACCUGGGGCUCUUUCAAUAUAUUAAAGCAAAUUUUGAAAAAUGUUGUCAUUAAUAUUCCAAACGAUAUAUGAUUCGAAAGAAAAGCGACGAUCCUUGCGUUAAUCCGAAAAUAAAACAUCACAUUCACGAAGUUAUGUGUCAAGUUUUUAAUUCUCAACUUGAACGCUUUUAAUUUUCGGUUUUAUAUAUCAUUUAUAUACCCUCUGCUCUGGGGAUUCAGCGAAAUAUUACCCUCAGUGAUAUUUUCCUCGGGGCUAAAUAUCAUCACUUCGGGUAAUAUUUUACCGAAUCCCCCUCGCUCGAGGUCCAUAAAUGACAGUUGUAACUGAAAUUCCUGGAAAUUGGACGGAAACCUGAAUAAAGGCUGAUUUCCACUGUUGCGUUUUUCGUACGCACGUACACGCACGUAAAACAUGGAAUCCUUCUAUUUUUUAAAUAUUUUACAAAUAAAGGACAAGUUGUACGUUGUGCUAUUUAUAGGUAUCUUUUUGAGGAAUAGCUGAAUAUGUGUGGAAUAUUUGAAUCAAAACAUGCAGCAUUGGGCAGUGUUUUUCGAUGUUUAUAUCAGUUUUUUUCGCAUGCAGUUUGGUCGGAAAAAAGUACAUUUCGGG